AUGGCAGCGUCAACAUCAAAAUGUGGAUCGCUCAGUAAACUGGAAGAUUUCAUGGCCUUGGGGUUGAAUAAUUUGGUCGAUUUUCUUGCUGUUCGUGGUUUGAAAACUUCGGGGAGAAAAGUUGAGUUGGUUGUGCGGGUGUUCAGUGCAGUUUACCGAUCAUACAGUCAUCUGAAGAACAACAGGCCAAGAUAAAUAAAUACGAAAGUAGGUUAAACAAAUUUAAGAUCUGUGAUCCAUUGAGUAUAGAAGAGUCCAAAAGAACUGAUGAUAUUACUAAAUAAAUGGCCCAAACUUGAUUGCGGUUCCAUUUUUGCAUAUAUUUUAAAAGUCAGGGACUUUGAUGCAGAGUAUGUGGGUCGUUAUAAAGACCAGAAGACAUAUUCGUAUUGGAACUCUGGUUUUGUUAGCACCAUAUUCACAUAUGAGCCCCCAGAGAAACAGAAUAACAUCUUUCUAUAUGGAAGUGUUAGGAGUUCACUGACUGCAUCUGCCAGCCACACUCUGUGGAUUUUAGUUGAGAAAGAACCGGUCCAAAUUUUGACAUGCUGGUGUGGUUAGUUUAAACAUAUUUAUUUGGUGCAAUUGCCCCAGGAGAACACAUUGGCUCAUCUAGGGGGCUCUUGCACAAAAAUAAAGAUUUACAUAUCAAAAAGUUCAAGCAUGCAACACACAAAUAUAACACAAUCACACAACAUCAAUAAUUAUAGCGUUUUGAAUAUAUCACAAUCAGAUCAUCGCUUUGAAACACAUUAAUUACCUACUGCAACAAGCCCUCAGAAACACAAACAUCGAGAAUUUUCUAGUACCUCAGACAGCUUGUUACAGUUAAACAGGUACUGACAAUAAUAUUUUUUUACCUUAUUUACGAGCUGAGAAACGAGAUGUAUCAAUAAUAAAUCUUUGUACAGCAAAAAACAAUCUAUGGUUUACAUUAAAAGCAACAUUAUUACAUCCAGAAAGCAAAAAAGAAAGUUUCCCAGUUCUAUUAGAAUUGAACCAAUAAUUCCCAAGACAUUCUGCAGCCGUAGUAAGUAAAAUCGAAUGGUAAGUAUCCCAAAGCGGGCAAUGCAACAAAUAAUGUUCAGUAGUUUCACGAUGGUAUCCGCACGCACAUGUAGGAAACAGUAUACAAUUAUGACGGAAAAGGUCAUCAUUUAAAAUACUAUUACCUAACCGAAGUCUCGUGUGUAAAACUGAAGGAUACCUAGCAUCGACUUCGAAAAUCUUCGGACACUUUUUUUUACAAAAUAGACUCUUAAUUGAAAUUUUAAAAUUAGUAACAGACGGCAAAUUUCUAAUUGAAUCAGAUAAGGAAUUCCAAGCAGAUAUAGCCGAUGGAAAGAACGACUGUUGAAAUCUAGAUGAAGAACAUAGAAAAUUGCAUAUAUCAUCACUGUUGCAGAGUGGAUAAUUGGAUAUUUGAGAUACCGGCUUUAGUAAAACAAAAUAAAGAUAGUCAGGAACCAUUCUGUUCUUAAUUUUGUAUAAAACUGACAAUUUGUGAAUAUAUCGUCUGGUUUCUAAUUUAUCCCAAGAGAGUUCUUCUAGCAGAGCUACACGGUUAGUGCCUUUUAUAGCACCAGUAACAAGGCGAGCUGCAUCAAAUUGAAUUCUUUCGAGAGCAUUACUGCACUCUACCCCACAACCAUCCCAUAUAAAAUCACCAUAUUCCAUUAAAGGUCUAACUAAAGAAAUAUACAUGCUAUUUAAUGUAGUUCUGUUCAGACGAAAUCUCAAACCUUUUAACAUAUUGAAUCUUUUGGCCGCUCUUUCGCUAAUGACACAUAUGUGAUUUUGCCAGGAGAGAUCACUUGAAAGAUUAAUGCCUAAAUGACAAUGCAAAUUAACGUCUGGUAUAGUCGCUUGAUUUAACAAAAGUCUAGGGUGAUCAGGCUUGUUAUUCUUAACAGAAAAAAUCAUCGAUUGUGUUUUACUGGGAUUCAUGGUUACCAUCUAUUUAUCGGCCCAACUAGAUAUAGAUGCAAUAUCAGUAUUAAGCUUAACAGCAGAAGUUGUUGGAGAAUCUACCACAUCUAAAAUCAUAGUGUCGUCAGCAAAUAAAAAAGCCUCAGAUUGUAUGUCAUUAGUAAUAUCAUUGAUGUAAAUCAGAAACAGGAGUGGCCCAAGAACACUGCCUUGGGGUACUGCAACCUUGACUUUUUCCCAGGUCGAAUUGGUCCCCUUAACAACUACUCUUUGAAAAUGAUUAGAGAGAUAGCUCUCCAGCCAUUUUAGUAAUGUACCUUUGAUUCCAAUAAAUUUCAAUUUGCUUAUCAACCCCUCGUGCCAAACUUAUGCUGGUGUAGUUGUAUGGCUGGAACAAGCCAAUUUUGCAAUCAUUCGAUUGCAGUUAUGUACAAAGUGGAGUAUGCUAUGAGAAAGGGCUAUUUAGACCCUGCAUGCACAUCAAUGCCUUGCGCUUGGAAUCAGUCAACAAAUAGAGGGAUUGCACCUAAGAUGAUAAAAGACAUUAAUUCAGGAAAAAACUGAGAUCCAAAGAAAAGGAUGAUGAAACCAGCAAGGAAGAAACGAGACGAAAAGAGCUACAUAAAUUCAAUCCAAUUCCCCCAGCUUACCAAAAAAUUACAGAUGAGUCAAUUUCAUGUUUGUAUCAGAAUUUGCAACAAGUUUCACCAGAAUCUGUUGUUUUUUGUUGCAUACCGGUGGACAUACUGAAAGAUGAGGAUGAUAAAUUGUCACUUCAUAAGAUUGCCAAAAGCAUUUGUGAAGAAUUCAAUGAUGAUGAUGAAAAAGUGUCAAAAUUUUUGGAAUCUUUGCCAACAAAUACAGAUAUAGCAAGUAAAUUGGAGGUUAAAACAAGAGGGCAAAGUGUAAAUGAACUGUGGAAAGAAGCCAGAAUUGGAUGGCUGACUGCUUCAAACCAUCAUGAGAUAUAUACUAAAGUUAACAGUGUUGCUAAAUCAUCCAGUAUUGUGAAACCAAAAACUACCCCACUUGUGAAAAAAAUACUGUUUCAUGAUGGAAACAUUGACAAUCUUGAUCCCAUAAAAUGGGGAAGACUGCAUGAAGAAGUAGGACUGAAACGAUUCUACGUUCAAGAAGCAAUGAAACAACAAAAAGUAUAA